AUGAAACACUUCCUGAGGAUGUUUGUCCAGGUAUGCCUGUACUUCUACUGCAAAUGCUUGUGGCGCUGCCUGAAAUUUGUGGUCAGGAAACUAACGGGUCGAUGUGAAUUACAAAGGAUCUGUUACAAUACCAAACCUGGAGCUGCCAGAACUAUGAAAAUAGAGGCAUCACUGAAAGGUUCAAAAAGUAAGCGGCUGCAAACUUCAGUAAGUGUUCACCCUGAUGCUAUUGAAAAAACUAUAGAUGACAUCUUGGAGCUGAAAAGGAUUAAUCCAGAUAUAAAUCCACAGUUGGGAAUAUCUCUUCAGGCAUGCCUGAUGCAGAUUGUGGGAUACAGAAAUCUGAUUGCAGAGGUUGAAAAGCUGCGCAGAGAGCCGUACGAUUCAGAGAAUCCGCAACAUGAGGAAAUGCUUAUGAAGUUGUGGAAGUGCUUGAAGCCUGAUUCACCACUGAAAGCUCGGAUUUCAAAGCAGUGGUGUGAAAUUGGUUUCCAAGGUGAUGAUCCUAAAACAGACUUUAGAGGGAUGGGUCUCCUGGGUUUAUAUAACUUGACGUAUUUUGCUGAAUGGGACACUGAGAUAGCUCAGCAAGUUCUCUCUGAUUCUCUUCAGCCUAAAUACAGGGAAGUCACUAAGAAGGAGCUAAGCCAGCUCAGCAAAGCUGAAUGGGAGAAGAAAAAGUUUGAUAAGGCAAUUGGCUAUUCUUUUGCUAUCGUGGGCAUUAACAUAACAGACCUCGCAUACAACCUGCUUGUGAGUGGAGCUCUGAAGACCCAUUUCUACAACGUUGCUCCAGAAGCACCAACGCUAACUCAUUUUCAGCAGACAUUCUGCUACUUAAUGCAUGAAUUCCACAAAUUCUGGAUUGAAGAGGAUCCGCUGGACAUAAUGGAGUUCAAUCGUAUCAGAGAGAAAUUUCACAAGCGAAUCUUGAAACAGCUCCAGAACCCAGAGAUGGCUCUGUGCCCUCAUUUUGCUGCAUCAGAAAGUUUAAUCAAUAUGUAGUUACUUGCUCAAUUUUAUUUGGAAACACUGUCUCACUCUUGUGUUAGAUCACUGUUUAGACCAUCACUGGCAUACUGAAUGACCAUGGCGAUUGUAUGCAUGCUUUUGGUGCAGUAUUCAUCUAUUUUUGUCACACGUACUAGAUCCCCUUGUGCUUCUCUUGGGGAUUUCUCAUUUUAACUGGGUGCUCAUAUUGCGGCAUUAUGCAGUGUUACAUUCUGAAUUGAUGUCCGGGUAUCAGAGUUUUUUUCUAUUUUUUUAGACUUUCCUCAUAAUUCAGCAUUGACAAUUGAAUUGUAUUUCUCUAGCUGUGUUUUGUAUAUGUGGAAUAAGUAGCUGGAUCUUGUACUGUGAAAGCUUUUUAACUUCUUGGUAUGUUUUAAGGUAACUACUGGCAUUUCAAGCGAAGUAUAUGUUUGGACCUCGUCUAGAAGAAAAUGUGUGUAAUUUAACCUGAUGCAGGCAAACACAUUAAAGUCCAAUUUUCUCCAUGCAGUCAUAUAUGCUUAAUGCAGAAUUAAUGAGGCUUAUGAGGUACAAGUUUCAGUGAGAAGAGUUUAUGCAGAAUCACAAUCAGACUCCACAGCUGCAUGAAUACCAAAUGGUCUGGUGAUGCUAGCACAUUCACAGUGAACCGCAAACACACAACUACUGGAUACUGGCAGGGGCCAAAAAUUGUAUCAUCGGGCUGUUGUCACCAACAUCACCAUGCUGAAGUAUGGUCUAAAUUCCUGCACAUUCCUUUGAAUAUACAGGGGUUAGUAUUUUGUGUCACAUGUUGGAAGGCAACAUGAUUUGGUCACGUUGUGCUUGGUGAAUUCAGGGGAGCAAAAAUCUAUAUAUUUUUUUGAACUACUGAAAAUGUUGCUUUGGUUGUCAAUUCAGUUCCUAAGAACUGGGAGAAGUAAUUGAUUAGAAGGUUUAGAACAAAACCACUUGAGUUUCCCAGACUACUUAUGUAAAAAAUUAAAAAUGGCAAGCUGCCUUUUUUCUAAAACAUCAGUGAGUAAAAGUGUCUGACACUAAGAUUGUGUAGUAUAUUGAACAGCAUCUACCAUGGCAUUUCAUACCCAUGGUAUUUUUUUACCUUCUAAGCAAUCAAUUUUAGUAUUAUAUGUUUGUGUAAAUCACUUGCAUAUGGAGAUUAAAUUGAGUAGUGUCCAACUACUUGUGAAUUAUAUGAAUAAAUUAUAUGUCAUUCUAAACUGAA